AUGGAAGCCUUUACGUUUGCGACCUCCACUCAGGUCGACUUUCCCGUGCAGGUAAAGAUCGGCGCUUUAGAGGGCAAACAGAAGCCUAUCCCAUAUUCCAUACUCCUCAAAGACCCCGAGUUGCGACAUCUCGGAUCCAACCAGAGCCCUGCGUCAGACCUCUUUGUCACUGUUCAGCUAUGGUCCGAUUCCAAGCCCCUCGGCGUGCCGAUGCAGACAUCGUAUAAAUCCUUCAAGACGAGUCGCACAUGGAACGAAUGGUUACAAAUGCCAAUAUGUGUAAAAGAUGCUCCUCUAGGCUCGCAGUUGGCAAUUACGGUUUGGGACCUCUCGCCCCUUGGUACGGAAGCUUCGAACGGCCAUGGCGUACCUUUCGGUGGGACCACAAUAUCGCUAUUUGACACCGAUGGGAAAUUGCGCAUGGGAAGACAAAAAUGCAAAAUCUACCGGAAUAAAGCUGCGGACGGAUUUUCGUCAAGUACAACGCCAGCUAUACCGCCUGCUCAGCGUCGCAAGACCCAUGGUGCACUUCCUCUCACUCAGUCACCCGAGGAAGCCGAACUUGAGCGUAUCGAGGGGCUAAUAAAGAAACAUGAGAUGGGCGAAAUGACCCGUGUAGACUGGCUGGACCAGCUGGUUUUUCGUCAACUAGAAAAAAUCAAAACAAGUGCGGAAGAAGCCGCGAAGAAAAGAGCAACCAUAGUUCAAGCCACGAAACAAAAACCCAAUCAGAGAGAGAACGGGGUUCACGAAGAUGACUCUGACACAGAAAGCUUGUACGAAGAGAAUUUCCUCCUCUAUGUUGAAUUCCCACGAUUUGACCAUCCUAUUGUUUGGGACGAUUACGAAUAUCCUCCUCCACCAGUUUCCACGCAUCCCUCACUUGUACAGAACAACCCCACAGCCACCCUCAAACCGCUACCUGAAGUUCGCUUAGGUCCAGGUAUUGAAGGUCCUGAUGAUGCCGGGACAUACCGAGUUGUUAGAAUCUAUGACCCGGAAGUUGGACAGACCGGCAACCCUUGCGAAGACAAGCACAGAAGGCUUGUACGUAGCCAUCGAACUGGAAUUAUGGACCGUGAUCUCAAGCCUAAUCCCAAGAUUCGUGACGAAUUGAACUUUAUCAUGUCUUAUGGGCCAACUCAUGAGUUGACAGCUGAAGAAAAGGAUCUAAUUUGGAGGUUCAGGUACUACUUGACACGAGACAAGAAGGCACUCACAAAAUUCAUCAAAUCAGUCAAUUGGAGAGAUCUUGGCGAGGCUCGACAAGCCAUGGAGAUUCUGCCCAAAUGGACCGAGAUUGAUGUUGAUGACGCUCUGGAACUAUUGGGACCAACUUUCGAUAAUUCCACGGUUCGUGCUUAUGCGGUUGAACGUUUGCGAAAGGCCGGAGAUGACGAGCUUCUCCUAUAUCUUCUACAACUCGUACAAGCCCUAAAAUUUGAAAAGACACCCGAAGAGACCGCAGAAGAAGUUGCACAUGACUCGUCCUUAGCAAAUUUCUUGAUAGCACGAGCUGCUAAUAACUUUGUCCUUGGCAACUAUCUGCACUGGUAUCUCAUGGUUGAAUGUGACGACACAGGUAUCGCAAACCUGGCAUCUCAUCGGCGCUUGUUCGCUCGCGUGGAAUAUUACUUCAUGACAGAGCUAGAGAAAGUCCAUCCAGAAAAUCGAAAGAUUUUGCUCCGGCAAGGCGAAUUAAUCACUGUCCUGACACGAAUCACAAAAGAGUUACGAUUUUCGAGAGAAAACCGCGCUGUCAAAAUCGACAAACUGAAGAAAUACCUCAAGGAUCCCAAGAAUGAGAUUAUCACCAUUGAUCCGCCUUUGCCCUUACCAUUGGAUCCGAGUGUCAUUAUAACGGGAUGCUUCCCUGACGAAUCUAACGUCUUCAAAUCUUCUCUGUCCCCGCUACUUGUCAACUUCAGAACGUCCGACGGCCGCAAAUAUCCAGUUUUCUUCAAGGUUGGCGACGAUCUACGUCAGGACCAGCUAGUCAUUCAGAUCAUCACCCUGAUGGACCAAUUGCUACAAAAGGAGAACUUGGACCUGAAACUUACUCCGUACCGCAUUCUGGCGACUGGCGCAACCGCUGGAGCGGCACAAUUCAUCCCUUCAACUUCCUUAUCAGCGGCAUCGGCGAAAUACAAAGGCUCUAUACUCGCAUACUUGCGAGCCAAUAAUCCCGAUGACUCAGAACCGCUUGGUGUCCGCAAAGAAACCAUGGACAUAUAUAUCAAGUCAUGUGCUGGCUAUUGUGUCGUCACAUAUCUCCUUGGUGUUGGAGAUCGCCAUCUCGAGAAUCUUCUCCUAGCACCAGAUGGGCAUUUUUUCCAUGCAGACUUUGGCUUCAUCCUCGGACGAGACCCCAAACCCUUCGCACCGAUGAUGAAACUCUGCAAGGAAAUGGUCGAAGGCAUGGGAGGUGCCAAUUCCCAGCACUACCUUCAAUUCAAACAACAUUGCUUCACAGCUUAUACCACUCUCCGCAAGUCCGCAAACCUCAUUCUGAAUCUCUUCAGUCUGAUGGUGGACGCCAAUAUUCCAGAUAUCAGAGUUGAGCCGGAUAAGGCUGUGCUCAAGGUGAAGGAACGGUUUCACUUGGAACUGAGCGAAGAAGAGGCCAUUAGACAUUUUGAGCAGCUGAUUUCUGACAGCGUGAAUGCUAUUUUUGGCGUUGUUAUUGAUCGGCUGCAUGAUUUUGUGCAAGGAUGGAGGACUUGA